AUGGCUCGCGAACGCCUUCCAUCAGCAGAGUCCUCCGCNUCACCCGACUCAGCCUUCACAGUCUCGCCCUGUUCAGAAUGGCUUGACACAGCAGACACAGCCUUCUCAAGCGCCCGUCCAGCCCCCACCACAGCGGCCUCCAAGCUCUCAGCACAACCAAGAUUUGGCGAAGCCAGUCCUCUGCGCAACCCGCUGAAAGACCCGUAUGCCAACGUCUUCAACACCAAUCCUCGCAGACCUGAGCAACACCGUACUAUCCCUCAACCACAAUUCCGACAGCCACACGGCCCAAGCAAUGGAGCUCAACCUAAGACCUCGACCUUCUUUCUGCCUGGCCAGAGACCUCAGCCUCCACCGCAGCCCCGUCCCGCCCAGUCUGGUAACCCUCUUUACGCUAACGCUGCAAACUCGGCCGCCAUUCGUGUGCCCUCGAACGCCCCACUGAGGGACAUCCCUCCCGCUCCCAGGCAGCUCUUUUCUUCUUCUGUAGGACCCAGUACCACAUACCGGCCCUACAAUGCUGUCCCUGCACCUCUACCGAAACCCAUCGACCUCACCAUCGCCGACGACGACGACGAUGGCUUCGACCCCGAUGCCGCCCUGCGAGAGGAUGGUUUCGGCGCCACCGAUCCCUAUGCUUAUGUCGACCCUAGCCAGACAAGCCACAACAUCAAGGCCCUUCUUGAAGGCGCCUUUGACGAUGAUGGCGACAAGCCUAAGAUGCGCCUGCGCAAGAGAGCCGCUAANAAAGCAACAGCAGAAGGUCAAGGAGGAGAAAAAAUUUCUUCGCUCGAGGAAAAGCUUAGAAAGCUCGACAUGGAUGCAGUAAAGGAAGGGCCAAAAGAGGAAGAACCUGACACCAAGGAGGACGAAGACGAGGACGAGGAAGAUGGCACAAUCGAAGGUCUGACCGUCAAGCUUCUCCCGCAUCAGGUCGAAGGUGUCUCUUGGAUGAUCGACAAGGAAAUUGGCGAGCGCAAGAAGAAUGGCGUACUACCUAAAGGAGGUAUCCUGGCCGACGAUAUGGGACUGGGAAAAACUGUCCAGUCUGUCAGCUUGAUUCUUCUCAAUCCCCGUCCAGAGCUCGAUGCUAAACCACCACCGGAGAACCCCAAGCGCAAGAUGCCGGGCAAGGAGGUCGGCAAGGGUACGCUCGUCGUGGCCCCUCUCGCUCUCAUCCGCCAGUGGGAGAGCGAGAUCAAGACAAAGGUCGAAAAGAGCCACGCAUUGCGCGUCUUGGUUCACCACGGUCCAUCGAGAACAAAAUUCGCCGCCGAACUCAAGAAGUAUGACGUUGUCAUCACGACCUAUCAGAUUCUCGCAUCUGAAUUCGCUGGCUCUUCUGACCAUCCUGACGGCGCAAAGGUCGGCUGCUAUGGCGUCCAUUGGUACCGUGUCAUCUUGGAUGAGGCACAUUCGAUCAAGAACCGCAACGCAAAGUCGACACAAGCUACCUAUGGUCUACGAAGUUGGUACAGAUGGUGCUUGACUGGUACACCCAUGCAAAACAACCUCGAUGAACUACAGAGUCUGAUCUGCUUCUUGCAAAUCAAGCCAUACAACAAUCUGGCUACCUGGAAGGAGCAGAUCACGAUUCCAAUGAAGAACGGUAAGGGUAAUUACGCCAUCAAGCGCAUCCAGUAUUUCCUCAAGGGAUUCAUGAAGCGCCGAACCAAGGACAUUCUCAAGGAAGAUGGCGCUCUGAGCUUUGGCGGCAAGACAAAGAACGGUGACAAGAAGGGCACUGGAAUGAAAAUCGUUGGGCGUAAGGUCGAGACUAUCGUCUGCGAGCUUGAUCCCAAAGAACGCGACUUUUACGACCAACUUCAGGAAAGAGCACAAAAGCGUCUAGAUGACAUGAUGGGCGGCGAAAAGACUGACUACAUUGGAGCUCUCGUCUUGCUUCUGAGACUUCGUCAAGCCUGCAACCACCCGAAGCUUGUUUCUGGAUCCAUGGGCAAAGACAAGGACGCGUUGUCCACAGGACAACCCAACCCAAGCCAAACACCGCGCAAAACCUCUGUCGCUAGCAAUCAGGACAAUGACAUCGACGCCCUUGCUGACAUGUUCGGUGGAAUGGGUGUCCAGGUGAAGGACUGUGAUAUCUGUAGUGUCAGACUGCUUCCAGCAGAGGUGAAAGCUGGUGCUGUUCGUUGCAACGAGUGCGAGGACAUCGCUAAAGCCACACCCAAGAAACUCGGCCGCAAGGUGAAGAAGGAGAAGAAGCACAAGUCAAAGCCCGAACGCAAGCCUGCUCCUGCCGCGCCCGUCAGAAGAAACCGCAAGAUCAUCGUCGAUAGUGAUGACGAAGAUGAUGAAGGCGAGGGCGAGUGGCUCGUUGAUCAGUCCCAGCAGAGUACACCCCAUCUGGGUAGAGCUGGUGGCACUGACGACGAGGACGCAGAAGGAGGCGGUGAGACUCUGGGCUCCAUUGACUCUGUAUCUGGAGAUGAGGAUGGAAGUUCUGGAUCUGAAGCCGAAUCCGAGGAGGAAGAAGGUGACAUCUCAUACUCGGGUCCGACAGGCGUUGAGGCAGCUUCGACAAAGAUCCGCCGCUUGCUACGCAUCUUGCACGCCGAGACUCCUGAACACAAGACAAUCGUCUUCUCGCAAUUCACCAGCAUGCUGGAUCUUGUUGAGCCACACCUACAGAAGUCUGCGAUUCGCUACGUUCGCUACGACGGCGGUAUGCGUAACGAUGCUCGCGAAGCAUCACUCAACUCACUUCGCAACGAUCCCAAGACUCGAGUACUGCUAUGUUCCCUCAAGUGUGGUUCUCUUGGCUUGAACUUGACAGCUGCUUCGCGAGUAGUUCUGAUUGAGCCUUUCUGGAACCCAUUCGUCGAGGAACAAGCAAUCGAUCGUGUGCAUCGUUUGAAUCAAACAGUCGACGUGCACGUCUUCAAGCUGACUGUUGGCAAUACGGUCGAAGAGCGCAUUAUUGAGCUUCAGGAAAAGAAGCGUGAGCUAGCGAAGGCAGCUAUCGAAGGUGGUAAGGCUGUGGCUAAGCUCACUAUGAAGGAUAUCAUGAGUCUGUUCGGCCACAAUCCUGGUGCCGUCGGUGGCCGCGAGAGCAUCGGUAGUACCGAUGAGAACAAGCCUUGGAACAGAAACACCAAGGUGUUGGCCUCCGAACCUACUAGGUCCAGUACCUCUUCAGCUGCUGCUCGACGUUCAGGCUCAGGCGCUCUGAGAUCCUCACCACGAGAAUCUCCUCCAGCACGUACUGAUCGUCGCGGNGGGUAUGAGAAGGACGCCAGAAGAAUCAGAAACGAAGACCCAGUCUAUGGUCGUCGCUGA